AUACCAACCUCCUAUUCCAGUUGAUCAAGUAAAACCUUUAAAUGAAUAUGAAGAGGAAGGAGGUCGUGGACGUGGAAGGGGUGGAAGAGGCCGGGGACGUGUUCGUUAUGAAGAACCAUCCACCACCGAAACCACCUCCGCCAGCGAUGCUCAUCCGCCGGCGCCGGCUUCCUCGCCUAAGAGCUGGGCCGACAAAGCAGAUGAAGAAACCAACGCAACGCCGAGCUCCGAGACAGCAACCUCAUCGCUCAACGUCGACGGAUUAACGAUCUACGAGAACAAGAAGCCUUCUCCCAAGUUCUUGGACGAGCCUGAAGACUCCAACAUCCAAGCGGUUGGUUUCGUCGUAACCUUGCCUAUGAUCUUGAAUCCUCCUAAUAGGGAUUUGAUCGCACAGGCGCAUAACGAUUCCGGAAAAACCACGUGUUUCCUUCUUGGUAUGCUUAGUCGAAUUAAUCCAAAGUUGCAGGCUCCUCAAGCUUUCUGCAUUUGCCCAACCAGGGAGUUGGCUAUUCAGAAUACUGAAGUUCUCCGAAAGAAGGGAAAGUACACGGGGAUUAGCUCAGAAUGUGCUAUACCAGCAGACAGUAGGGAUGCUUUGCCGAUAGCGAAACGGGCACCGAUUAUGGCUCAAUUGGUUAUUGGGACCCCUGGCACGAUUAAUAAGUGGAUGAAUUUUAAGAAACUUGGGGUGACAAGGUUAAAGAUUCUUGUUUUUGAUGAGGCUGAUCAAAUGCUUGCUGAGGAUGGAUUUAAAGAUGAUUCCCUGAGGAUAAUGAUUCCCUGA